AUGUGGAGAUUUCAGCAAAAAUUAAAAAGACUAACUUCUACUUUAAGUCAGUGGUUUAAAGAGGUAUUUGGUGAUAUCUAUGCCAAUGUUAAAUUAUAUGAAGAAAAGGUCAAGGUAACUGAGGAAAAGUUGAUCUUGAAUGGUAUUGAUGAAAACAGAGAAGAAUUCUAUAAAACACAAGCUAAAUAUAUGGAAGAUGCUAUAUUAAGGCAAAAAUAUCAAUUGCACUGGUUUAAGUAUGGUGAUAUAAACUCCAGCUAUUUUUAUGCCUUUAUCAGAGGAAAAAGAAGAAUAUUCAUGCACAAAUUCAAGAAUGAGGAGGGGGUUUGGUUCCAAGGAGAUGCUGACAUAGCUGCAACUGCAGUUACACAUUUCCAGGAUAUCUAUACUGGGAUAGCAGAUUAUGUACCUGAGAAAAUGCUAGCUAAUAUCCCUAAAUUAAUUUUUGAUGAAAAAAAUGAGUUUCAACAAGCUAUUCCUACUUUGGAAGAAGUAAAGGAUGUGGUCUUCUCUAUUAGUACUCACUCAGCAGCAGGUCCUGAUGGUAUGGAUGGUAAAUUCUUUCAAUUCUGCUGGCAUAUUAUUGGUAUGGAACUUCUCUGA